UGCAGAUUCUCUUUCUGGGAAACAUCACUCCUUGUAUGUAAAUAGUAUCUCGCUGAAUUGCUGUGACUGAGUUUAGAAUGCUACUUGACUUGUGAUUCUGAUGGAGGAAUAACCAGAUCUCAGGCUGCUGCACUGGAAGACUUUACAGGAAAUACAAAAUGUCAUCUAAUAGGAGUCAGAACCCGCAUGGACUUAAACAGAUCGGUCUUGACCAGAUAUGGGAUGACCUAAGAGCUGGAAUUCAACAGGUUUACACCAGACAAAGUAUGGCAAAAUCCAGAUACAUGGAACUCUACACUCAUGUUUAUAACUACUGUACUAGUGUACACCAAUCUAAUCAAGCACGGGGAGCUGGAGUACCUCCUUCUAAAUCGAAAAAGGGCCAGACACCUGGAGGUGCUCAGUUUGUUGGUUUGGAAUUGUACAAACGGCUAAAAGAAUUUCUGAAGAACUACUUGACAAAUCUCCUUAAGGAUGGUGAAGAUUUGAUGGAUGAGAGUGUGCUGAAAUUCUACACUCAGCAGUGGGAAGAUUAUAGGUUUUCAAGCAAAGUAUUGAAUGGGAUAUGUGCCUACCUCAAUCGACAUUGGGUUCGUCGUGAGUGUGAUGAAGGUCGUAAAGGAAUAUAUGAAAUUUAUUCGCUUGCCUUGGUGACCUGGAGAGACUGCUUAUUCAGGCCAUUAAAUAAGCAGGUAACAAAUGCUGUGUUGAAAUUGAUUGAAAAGGAAAGAAAUGGUGAAACUAUCAAUACAAGGCUGAUCAGUGGAGUUGUACAAUCUUAUGUGGAGCUGGGGCUGAAUGAAGAUGAUGCAUUUGCAAAAGGGCCUACACUAACUGUCUAUAAAGAAUCCUUUGAAUCUCAGUUUCUUGCUGAUACAGAAAGAUUUUAUACACGAGAAAGUACUGAAUUCUUGCAACAGAACCCAGUCACAGAGUACAUGAAGAAGGCUGAAGCUCGCCUUCUUGAGGAACAGCGUAGAGUUCAGGUAUAUCUCCAUGAGAGCACACAAGAUGAGUUAGCACGAAAAUGUGAGCAAGUACUUAUUGAAAAACACCUGGAGAUAUUUCAUACAGAGUUUCAGAAUUUGUUGGAUGCUGACAAAAAUGAAG